AUGUCGUCCGACCAGAAAACCGCCACACCGGCACCGGCCGUGACUGCAGAAGAGGUUCACCAGGAUGGAAAAAGCCGGAAGCCUGAGAACGACCUUCCUGAGAAGACGAACGCCCCCAAUGCUCUAGCAGAAGACACCGUCGCUGCUGUAAACGACUAUUCUGAGCAUUACUAUCGAGAGCUGCUGUGGAAGAUCGACCUCUGGCUGCUGCCUUUGAUGUGGGUGUGCUAUGGCACACAACAGGCAGACAAAACUUCGCUGAGCGUCCAAGCUGUGUUCGGCAUCCGAGAAGACACCAAUCUUGUGGGCGAGCAAUUUAAUUGGCUCAGCACGAUAUUCUACCUAUCCUACCUGGUAUGCGAAGCUCCAGGUAACUGGCUGAUGCAGAAAUGCAAUACUGGCAAAUUCCUCGCUAUUGUCAUGUUCCUGUGGGGCGUUGUCGUGUUGUGCAUAGCCUUUGCGAAGAACUUCACACAUCUCAUGAUCCUACGAACGUUCCAGGGAGCAUUGGAAUGCACCAUCUCGCCGACCUUCAUGCUGCUCACGGGGACGUGGUACACUUCUCAAGAGCACACGCUGCGAUCAAUCAUUUGGGGCACCUCGAAUGCCGGCAUGAACAUUAUCACUGGACUUAUCAACUACGGAAUUGGGCUGCAUGCGCAGAACAACCCAGGUGGACUGGCGCCGUGGAAAGGAAUAUCGUUCUUCCUCGGAGCACUAACCAUCACCGAUGCCAUUCUGGUAUGGUUCAUCCUCGGAACACCACGUGAAGUUCGCUGGCUGUCGGAAGACGAGAAGCGGGCUGCUAUAGCUCGUGUCGUCGCCAAUCAGACAGGUUCAGAUCGGGAUAAGAGAUCGGAAUGGAAAUGGGAUCAGGUCUGGACCACUUUCAAGGAUCCGCAAACCUACUUCUUCUUUUUUGUCACAGCCAUCAACGCCCUUCCGAACGGCGCCAAUACCACCUUCUCCAAGUUGAUCUGGAGAUCUUUUGGUUUCACGAGUUUGGAAACUCUACUGAAGGGAUCGACCCCUUAUUAUUGCAUCAGUAUUGUCUGGUUUCUGGUUGUGGGAUACAUCACGUUGAAAAAGCCAAAUCUCAGAUUUAUCUUCAUGAUGAUGUCCUUGUUACCGGCUUUCAGCGGCAUGAUGGCACUGUCUCUGCUUCCCACCGAUGGCAGGCGGUGGCUUAGGUGGGGAAUGUACAUCUUGCAAGUCUUCGGUAGUCUUCCAGGUUUGAUGAUCUGGACAUUCUUACCAUCGAACGUUGCCGGCAGAACUAAGAAAACUGUCACUGCGACGGUCCUCUUCAUCGCAUACUGUGUGGGCAAUGCCGUAGGUGCGCAGAUGUUCGUUGCGUCAGACGCGCCGAGGUACAUCAAAGGUAUCACUGCAUGCGGUAUACUUUAUUGUGUUGAGUUCCUUUCUAUGGGAUCGUGGCGAUUCUACUACAUCUGGCAGAACCGGAAGCGUGCCCAGAUCAUUGCGGAGAUGGGCAUCUCAGCCGAGGAGAGCAAGCGCUUGGGUCAGUUGAAUGCUGAAGCGGAUAUGACCGACCGCGAGAACAUCCAUUUCAAGUACCAGUACUAG